CCGUGAAAACGGUAACACGCAGAUAGCGGAAGGGGAGGAGAAUUCCGACUGAAAUAUUUGGCCAAUGGCAGGCUUAUACCCACAGUCGGGGUCCUGUGAGUCAGACUAGUAAGGAAGUAAAAAAAAAAGAAGUCGAAAGUGAAACUGUUUCAAACUCAAACGUCAUAUAAAAGACAGAGGACAAAGAGGAUGCAGUAAAACGGAAUUAAAUUGAAUUAAAUAACUGACUUGGCUGGUUUGGGAUAGAACCCACGUGUGGUCUAAACUGGUCAGAUGUGUUCCAGUCUCCUGAGAUAGGGGGCGCUGUUUAUAAAAUGAGUCUCUCAGAGGAGCCAGACACCAAAGGAGGAACCCUCAGCACUGACAGAAAGAGGGUCCAGGUAGAAAGAGCAGGGUCACCUGUACCCAGCUGUCUGUCUAUGAAGAGUGAUCGUUCAAUGGAUCUUCCAUUCACAUUCACAGGAGAGGUCACAGGUGAUCAAAGGGUCCAGGUAGAAAGAGCAGGGUCACCUGUACCCAGCUGUCUGUCUAUGAAGAGUGAUCGUUCAAUCGAUCUUCCAUUCACAUUCACAGGAGAGGUCACAGGUGAUCAAAGGGUCCAGGUAGAAAGAGCAGGGUCACCUGUACCCAGCUGUCUGUCUAUGAAGAGUGAUCGUUCAAUCGAUCUUCCAUUCACAUUCACAGGAGAGGUCACAGGUGAUCAAAGGGUCCAGGUAGAAAGAGCAGGGUCACCUGUACCCAGCUGUCUGUCUAUGAAGAGUGAUCGUUCAAUCGAUCUUCCAUUCACAUUCACAGGAGAGGUCACAGGUGAUCAAAGGAUACUGCGGUCUCUCCAGCCCUGCUCUUUAGAAGAGACGAGUUCAGAGAGAUUAUCUUUCACAAGACAGUCUCUCCUGUGCACUUUGAUGAAGCUGAAGAAGGAUGAGAAGUUGCAACAGUUUCAGAGCCAUCUGAGUCACGAUUGCCCAGAAUGCUUUGAGAUUCUGUCUGAAGAUCCUUCUGUACUGGUUAAGUUAAUGAAGAUGAAGGAAUUAUUCAAAAGUCAUCAAAUUGAAGAUUACCCAGAAUGCAUUGCGAGAGAGCAGAAGGAUCCUGAGACCCUGUACAUAGUUGAGAAGUUGCUGGAGACCUGUGGCAGUCAGAGGUCUCUGAAGAUCACACUCCACAUCCUGAGGAACAUGAAGCAGAAGGAUCUCGCUGACUCACUGGAGAGAGAUGAGGAGCGCAAUGAAUCCAUAAAAAUAGCCCAGAAGGCACUUAAAGCUCAUCUAAAGAGGAAGUUUGAAUGCAUAUUUGAAGGUUUAGCAAAGCAGAGCAACCCAACCCUCCUCAAUGAGAUCUAUACAGAGCUCUACAUCACAGAGGGGAUAAGUGGGGGGGUCAAUAAUGAACACGAGGUCAGACAGAUUGAGACAGCAUCCAAGAGACAAACCACACAGGAGACUGCUAUCCUCUGCAAUGACAUUUUUAAGCCUUUACCUGGACAAAAGAAACCCAUCAGAACUGUGCUUACAAAGGGCAUCGCUGGCAUUGGGAAAACUGUCUCUGUGCAGAAGUUCAUUCUGGACUGGGCAGAAGGAAAAGCCAAUCAGGACAUUGAUUUCAUCUUCACUCUUCCUUUCCGAGAUCUGAAUUUGAAGAAGGAAAGGGCAUUCAGUCUGAUGCAACUUCUGCAGCACUACUUUCCACAACUGAAAGAGAGCCAAAGUGUUGAAGGUGAUGAGGUCAAAGUGGUGUUUAUCUUUGAUGGUCUGGAUGAGUGUCGACUUCCUCUAGAUUUCCAAGGUAAUGAGAUCUGCUGUGAUAUAACCGAAUCAUCAUCAGUGGAUGUGCUGCUGACCAAUCUCAUUAAGGGGAAUCUGCUUCCCUCUGCUCUCCUCUGGAUCACCUCCCGACCAGCAGCAGCCAAUCAGAUCCCUCCUGAGUUUGUCCACCGAGUGACAGAGGUACGUGGGUUCAAUGACCCACAGAAGGAGGGGUACUUCAGGAAGAGAAUCAGAGAUCAGAACCAGGCCACCAGAAUUAUCACACACAUAAAGUCAUCCAGGAGUCUCUAUAUCAUGUGUCACAUACCAGUCUUCUGCUGGAUAUCUGCUGCUGUUCUGGAGACAAUGUUGGGUGAAACAGAGAGUGGAGAUCUGCCCAAAACUCUGACUGAAAUGUACACACACUUCCUGCUCAUUCAGACUAAUGUGAAGAAUCAGAAGUAUCAUGGCACUGAUGAGACAGACUCAAAGAUGAUGUCAGCAUCAGAUACAGAAAUCAUCCUGAAACUGGGGCGGCUGGCUUUUCUACAGCUGGAAAAGGGCAAUCUGAUAUUCUAUGAAGAGUACCUGAGAGAGAGUGGCAUUGAUAUCAGUGCAGCUUCAGUGUACUCUGGGGUGUGCACAGAGAUCUUUAAAGAGGAGUGUGGGUUGUAUCAGGAGAAGGUCUACUGCUUUGUGCAUCUGAGCAUUCAGGAGUAUCUGGCUGCCUUGUUUGUGUUUCAUUCAUGUGUAAAUGGGAACAGAAAUGUACUCAGAGCAGAAGAAUCAAAAUCUCACAGUGACAGAGUGCAGCUGUCUGAGUUACACAGGACUGCAGUGGAUCAGGCUUUAGAGAGUCAGAAUGGACACCUGGACCUUUUCCUCCGAUUCCUUCUUGGCCUCUCUCUGGACUCCAGUCAGAUUCUCUUCAGAGGACUACUGACACAGACAGGAAGCAGAUCACAGAGCAGUGAGAACACAGUCCAGUACAUUAAGGAGAGGAUCAGAAAGGAAUCUUCAGCAGAGAGGACCAUCAAUCUGUUCCACUGUCUCAGUGAACUGAAUGACAACUCUCUAGUGGAGGAAAUACAGAAUUCCCUGAAAUCAGGAAAACUUUCUGAUAACGAGCUGGAACCAGUCCAGUGUUCAGCUCUGGCCUUUGUGUUACUGAUGUCAGAGGAGGUCCUGGAUGAGUUUGACUUGAAGACCUACAACACAUCAGCAGCAGGUCAUCACAGACUGGUACCAGUAGUCAGGAACUGCAGGAAGGCCAUACUGAACAGCUGUUACCUCACAGAGAAGUCCUGCGAUAUUGUGGCCUCAGCUCUCCAGUCAUCAAACUCAACCCUGAGAGAUCUGGACCUCAGCUACAAUAACCUGGGAGAUUCAGGAGUGAAGCUGCUCUGUGCUGGACUGAUGAGUCCAAACUCUAAACUACAGAGACUGGGACUGAACAACUGUAACCUCACAGAGAAGUCCUGCGAUAUUGUGGCCUCAGCUCUCCAGUCAUCAAACUCAACCCUGAGAGAUCUGGACCUCAGCUACAAUAACCUGAGAGAUUCAGGAGUGAAGCUGCUCUGUGCUGGACUGAUGAGUCCAAACUGUAAACUAGGGAGACUGGACCUCAGCUGCAAUAACCUGGGAGAUUCAGGAGUGAAGCUGCUCUGUGCUGGACUGAUGAGUCCAAACUGUAAACUCCAGAGCCUGGGUGCAUUUCCCGCUCAGGCUCUCUCCCACAUCCAAACCGCCAUUCUGGAGGAGAGGAUAAAGCAGAUGGAGUAGGACACCCUUCAUCACCAGCUAGAGGAGGACUCUCGUGCGGACCUUGAAUAUUAGCGGCUAGAGGCUCAGGCUAAGGAAGCUCAACGUCUUCAGGAGGAGGCUCUCCAGGCUAAAGAAUCUUUAACCAUACAACUGAAGCCGUCGCUUGAAGAAAGCAGAGAGUGACUGGGAGGUAGCCAAACGUGUCUCCACCUUACUCACCGCUGACCCUGAAUCCGCCAGUCCAGAUGUUCCAUUACAUCCUGCUAGUUUCCUGCAUCUUCCUCAGGCUUCUGACAUGGACCAGGCUGAGACCCUUCCUUCCGCUCACCCUCAGCAUUCCACGCCUCGGCAGCCAGAGUAUCCUCCACCAGCUGUGUCAGCCACAGCUAUGCUUCAGCUGCACUGCAAGCAGUGCCACAAGUAUAUGGAGACUCAGUGCUGCUCUCUCCUGGAUCUUCUCAGCUGAUCUCACACACUGUUACAGCAUCUACUGAUCCACAUCCUGCACCCCAUGUGACACAGUAUCUAAUUCCAGCACCCAUGGCAGCCUUUGGGCUACAGCACUCUGUAUCACAUAUUUUCACACUUUUUCCCUUGUCAGAAUAAAGCCUAACACUUUACAAUAAGGUCAUGUGACUUCAGUAUGAAUCAGAUUUGACUUUAGUUAGUAGUUCAGUAAUGUUACUAAUUUGUUAUAGUUACAUGAUUAUUUAUACAUUAGCAAAACACAGGAUGAACUUAACCAGAAACAAAUACAUUAACUGUUUUUAUUGGCAUUAGUCAAUGGCAAUUCAUGUGACCUUACUGUGAAGUGCUACUGAAUAGAGUGCAGUAAAAUUG